GGUGGCAAGCGGAAGCUACCAAACCACCCAACACCUGAGAUGCUCAAGAAGAUGAGGCUGGACGGCAACGGCGACAUACACAACGACUCUGAUAUUCGCAAAUCUGACAGCUCGUCGCAACUGCACAGUCAUAAGUCGCGGCGCGCGACAGUGGAAGACGAAGCUGAGGAUAGCAUGGACACUGAUAUGGACACGAGUUUCGCGCCGGGUGGAGACGCAGACUACUUUGCGGAAGAGGAUGAGGAAGGACGCUUCUACGGAGGUGGGCUUACAGCUGAGCAGAAGCAGAUUCUCAGCAUCUUUGAGAGUGCGGAAGGUACGGACGGCCCAGAGGAGCUCUCGAUAACGAGUGUACGGCGGACACUUCUCCGCUUUGAGCGCGCUGCGAACAAGAACCAAGACCAGCGGUCGAAGUACCCGGACGACCCAACAAAGUUCAUCGACUCGGAGGCAGACCUUGACGCAGCCAUCAAAGCUCUGCUUCCCCUCGCGCAGGCCCCUGUUCUCGCCUACCCCGAGCUCAUCAACUCGGGUGCGGUGGCCAAACUCAUAGGCUUAAUGAGUCAUGAGAACGCUGAUAUCGUGAUUGACGUCGUGGAGGUAAUCCACGAACUCACCGAUGAAGACGUUGGCGACGAGGAAAACGACCAAGAAGAGUCCCAGGCGGCACUCAAGCUGCUCAUAGAAGCACUCGUAGAUAAUUCCACUUUGGAGCUCCUGGUAGACAAUUUCUCGAGAUUGAACGAGGAUGAGGAGUCAGACCGGCAGGGUGUUUUCCAUAUUCUUGGUGUAUUUGAGAACGUUCUCGGCUUUAACCCAGACCUCUCGACUGCAUUUGUUUCUCAAACGAAGAUUAUGGACUGGCUUCUGACUCGUGUACAGGCGAAGAAACAAGACGAGAACAGAGGAUAUGCUGCCGAACUCCUAUCAAUUCUGCUGCAAAAUAAUGUGCCAAACAGGAUGGAGCUAGGCAAGAAAGAUGGAGUUGAGAUCAUCCUGAAAGUGCUCUCGCAAUUCCGGAAGAUGGACCCGAGGGACGCAGACGAGGCCGAAUUCAUGGAGAAUCUGUUUGACGCGCUAUGUUCUGCCCUCGCCGAGCCAAGAAUCAAGUCCCUUUUCCUUGAGAGCGAGGGAGUUGACCUCAUGGUUCUCAUAAUGAAGGAAAAGAUGCAGGCGCAGUCUCGAGCUAUCAAAACCCUUGACUACGCAACGUCUGGAACAACUGGGACGGAGGUUUGCAUGACAUUCGUUGAGGCGUAUGGGCUGAAAACCCUGUUUUCGGCCUUCAUGGGCAAGAAGUCAAAGAAGCAAAAGGCCAACACCGCCCCAGGCUCCGAAGACAUAUCUCACAUUCUCGGCGUCAUCUCGUCGUUACUCUCGAAUCUCCCCUCCGACACUCCAGCACGUAUUCGCCUCCUCGCCAAGUUCGUCGAGAAUGGUUACGAGAAGGUCGACCGUGUCCUUGAGAUCCGCGACACGGCUCGUUCUCAGUUGCGCGCCAUUGAGCGUGAGAUUGAGCGCGAGCGGAAAGACCUAGGCGCGGAGGAACUAGAGGAGAUGGAGGAUGUAUGGUACCUUCGCCGGCUAGACGGAGGUCUGUUCGUUCUCCAGACAGUUGACUAUAUCCUCGCAUGGGUAGCUAUGGAAGAUGAUGGUAUCCGGGCACACAUGACACAGAUGCUUGGACGUAAGAGCCAGUCGUUGAAAGAUAUUGUCGAAAGUUUGCGCAUAUAUCGCGACAAUCUCGACGAAGCACCGUCGCAGCAGACAAAUAGUGAAGGUAGGGUAGAUCAGCCUGCCGAGGAACUAUCACAAAAGGAAAUAUUAGUGAACCUCAUCGCGUUUCUUGAGGGCUGUUAG